AUGGCGCUUCAAAUUCAGCACCCGACAGCUUCCUUGAUUGCAAAAGUAGCAACAGCCCAGGAUGACAUCACAGGAGAUGGUACCACUUCAAACGUUUUAAUUAUUGGAGAGUUACUAAAGCAAGCUGACCUUUACAUUUCUGAGGGACUGCAUCCUAGAAUAAUCUCUGAAGGAUUUGAAGCUGCAAAGGUAAAGGCACUUGAGGUUUUAGAUGAAGUUAAAGUGAAAAAGGAGAUGAAAAGAGAUACACUGUUAGAUGUGGCUCGAACAUCUCUACGAACCAAAGUUCAUGCUGAACUGGCUGACGUGCUGACAGAGGCUGUGGUGGACUCUGUUUUGGCUGUUAGAAGACCGGGUUAUCCUAUUGAUCUCUUCAUGGUGGAAAUCAUGGAGAUGAAGCAUAAAUCAGAAACAGAUACACAGCUGAUCAAAGGAUUAGUUUUGGAUCAUGGUGCCCGUCAUCCACAUAUGAAGAAGCAAGUGGAAGAUGCAUUUAUCCUGACUUGCAAUGUAUCACUAGAAUAUGAAAAAACAGAGGUGAACUCUGGUUUCUUUUAUAAGACUGCAGAAGAGAAAGAGCGAUUUGUAAAAGCUGAACGAAAAUUCAUUGAAGAUCGAGUACAAAAAAUAAUAGACCUGAAAGAAAAAGUCUGUGCUAAUUCCAACAAAGGAUUUGUUGUUAUUAAUCAAAAGGGAAUUGAUCCAUUUUCCUUAGACACUUUUGCAAAGCAUGGAAUAGUAGCUCUUCGAAGAGCAAAAAGAAGAAAUAUGGAAAGACUUUGUCUUGCUUGUGGUGGAGUGGCUAUGAACUCGCUUGAGGACCUCACUAUAGAUUGCUUGGGACAUGCUGGUCUUGUGUUUGAGUAUACUUUAGGUGAAGAAAAGUUUACAUUUAUUGAGGACUGUGUUAACCCUCGCUCUGUCACCUUAUUGAUCAAAGGACCAAAUAAGCAUACUCUCACACAAAUCAAGGAUGCCAUAAGAGAUGGACUUCGUGCCAUCAAGAAUGCCAUUGAAGAUGAUUGUGUGGUUCCAGGUGCUGGAGCAGUUGAAGUGGCCAUAGCAGAUGCUCUUGUUCAGUACAAGUACAGUAUCCAAGGAAGAGCUCGCCUUGGAGUCCAAGCUUUUGCAGAUGCCUUACUCAUAAUUCCCAAGGUUCUUGCUCAGAAUUCUGGUUAUGACCUGCAGGACACACUAGUGAAAGUUCAGGCUGAGCACUCAGAAUCGAAACAACUUGUUGGUAUAGACUUGAAUACAGGGGAGCCAAUGGUAGCAGCUGAUGCAGGAGUUUGGGAUAAUUAUUGUGUAAAAAAACAACUUCUUCACUCUUGCACAGUAAUUGCCACUAACAUUCUCCUGGUUGAUGAGAUCAUGCGAGCCGGGAUGUCUUCUCUCAAAGGGUGAUUCAAUUCAAAACCAGCUCUUCUGCAAAACAAGAUUUAGUAAACCUUUCAUCCAAUUGUUAUUGUACAGCCUGAGCCAGUCUUAAUUCUCACAAAAAUAAAUGCAGUUUGUAUCUUUUUGGUCUUAACAGUCUCAAAAAUAUUUCACGAGGAUAAAGCACAACAGAGGUAUUUUCAAGAAAG